AUGAAAAAAGGGUAUUUUUCUGAAUAACGUCACACCUGAUUAGAUUUCAAAGGAACAAAAUGCACAAACCAACAAAAAAAAAAAAAAAAAACACAAAUGGAGAUGAACCCAACACAAAAUGGACCUCCCAUGCACUCCAACGUGUUAGGGAUGAGGCAAUGUAUUUUGGCGAUGCGUGAAGGUCACGUGCGGCUAAUUCUGGCGAGCAAGAACUCAGAUAGGGGCGGAUGGUGGUAGCGCUCCUUCUGAGGUGUGCGAUGUCAACAAACGGCCACUCGUACUUGGUGACCAAACUUAAACCCUAACGGAAUGUAGUUGUCAAAGAAUAAACAAAUAGACGAAUGUCCCGAACCCUAGAUUACUUGGAUACCAUGUUGUAGUUAGAGUGAAAUAUUAAAUAACUCCCUUACUUAAUUCUAUACAACAUAUAUGGGCAUUCCUGAAAACCGUGAAUUACAAUGAAGUGCAGAAGAAUAAUAAUGAGCUCCAAUACUUACAUAUACACUAAAAUAUGAUCAUCUGGAAACUUGCAUUCUCUUGGGUUUUUUUUUUCUACAGGUCUUCUAGUGUCUGCUUCGUAUCUUUAAAGAUGCUUCCUCUUUCCCUCCUAAAGACUGCUCAAGGACACCCAAUGUUGGUGGAAUUAAAAAACGGUGAGACAUACAACGGCCAUUUGGUUAAUUGUGACACAUGGAUGAACAUUCAUCUUCGGGAAGUCAUCUGCACUUCUAAAGACGGUGAUCGGUUUUGGCGAAUGCCCGAAUUUUAUAUCCGUGGUAAUACAAUCAAGUAUUUGCGAGUUCCAGAUGAGGUUAUUGACAAAGUUCAGGAAGAAACCAAAAGCCGUGCAGAUAGGAAACCUCUGGGUGUAGGGCGUGGAAGAGGAAGAGGGCGGGAGGAUGGUCCAGGUGGCAGGUCAGCUAAAGGAAUGGGGCGAGGCUUUGAUGAUGGUGCGAAAGCUGCUUCUGGUGGCCGUGGAAAGGGUGGCCCUGGUGGGAAACCUGGUGCCAUCAGAGUUGGAGGCAGGGGACGGGGUUGAUCAGAUUGAUAUCGGUAACAGAUGAAAUGGACUAACUACAUAUGCAAGCUCUUCCCAGUUUUCACGUCGGCAGCCGUGUGUUUUCCGUUUUAUGCAUUUUCUUUUGGUCUGGAUUCUUUAGUGAAUAUAUAUGCGAUUUUAGUGCCAGACCUCCGCUAAAAUUGUUGUAGUGCUCAAAA